AUGCGCUUCGUCCUAUUAUGCGUCGUGGUGACUGCCCCGGCUGCUAUCUCUGCACUUGUAUGUCCAUACGGCUCCCACAGUGAUAGAAUCAACCUAACUUUGGGCAAGAGUUGCAGCCGAUAUGCAAAAGUCGCUGCCGACUGCCCUGUUCUCGCUGCAAGGAAUGACAUCAAAUUGUUGUGUAUGCAAAGCGAUGCCGACACUGCUGGGAAAGAUGCCGUAUGUGAGGGAAUCAAUUACUUGCAUGAUGUCGAGGAUGAGAACCGUAUGCCUCCGGGUCCCAAUGUUUGUGGUCGCGUCAGUUGCUCCUACAACACAGGCAUCUUUGUCUGCAAUGACAAUCCAACCACCUUCACAACCUCUUGGACGACUGUGUCGGAUUUUGCUGGACAAAUUGCACAAACCUGUUAUACGGAGAAGGAGGACUCGAUGGGAUCAUAUCCCGUGGUCAAAGGUAAUCAAUUCCGAGUGAUCGAAAUAGCGCUCAAUGAUUGA